GUACGCACCACCAACUCGAUACCAACGCUCCAAGUAUCAAGCAAACCGAAAGUAGCUUUCCAUACCUCUUGAGUUCCUGGUUUCAAUAUCCGAAUACUGAUAAAACACCACAAUAAAUAAUGCAUCAACUAUCCUUAAAGGAAAACGGAAAGCAGCUCUGCGGUACAAAUAUCCUUUCUCUUCCACGGGAAACUCGGGAUCUAAUCUAUACUUAUUGCCUCACAUCUACAAGCCCAAUCGUAGUAUGGUCAGGACAAAUCAACUAUACACCAGUUCAGACCGAACCUCCACUGCCCGCUUCCGAUGAUGAGCUAGAUUCUUUUUGGGCGGCUCCAAAGUUCAUUACCGAGCGAGCUGAGCGCAUUAUUGAUUUUCAUACCAUGGCAUCAAGCAAGCGGAACAUAGCCCGUGGACUCCUUCGAUGUCAUCCUGUCAUCUCCGGCGAAGCAGCAGCAAUAUUUUACCGGAUGAAUACAUUCUCCUUCGUGGGUUACCACAGCUGGUACCCCAUCAACUCAUGGCUUCAAGUCAUCGGCUCGCAGAACCGAGGAUACCUAACCUGUCUCGAAAUCGAGAUGCAUGCGCCCAUGCAUGUAAAGCAGAAAAGCGAUGGAGCGCGAGUUGAUGCCCCGAUUAAUUGUCCUUGGACUCGGUACGAAAUUGUUUCGCAGCGUCAUCCACGUCUAUAUCUCCCGAAAGAAGGGCCCAUCGAAGGAAUAGUGGAAAACAUCAACCCAGCAAUCGAAUGUUUCUUCAAGAUUUUGGGCUCGGAAGGACUGAAUUUGAAGGUGACUCUCUUGACUCAUGCUUGGUUCCCAGGCUCUCAGCCAAGAAGAGAGGAGGAACGUGUAUGUCCUGAGUCCAGUUGGUUUGGCAUGGAUUUGCCGAUUUUGAUUGAGAUUUUUCGUCGUCUUUAUACCAUGAACGGGGGCGGAAGACCGCGGAUUGAUGUUUUGGUAAGCUUCUCAGUCGCAUUCCCAACCUUUCUUAUUGUCUCGUCCCUUUUCUUGUUCUAUCUUAACCCAACAAUUCUUGAAAAACGAGGAAGUUGACAUCGGGGAUUAUUUUAGUGGAAGGCGUCUUUACUCGCCCGUCUCUAUGCUAAAAAGAAGCGUGAAAUUGAAGCUCCUGGUUGGCAGAUUGUAAUGGAACAUGAAAGGGUUGAGGAUUUUAAGACAGUUAGAUUGGAAAAUUAUCCAGAGAUUAACUACCCUAUGCCGCAUAUGGUUGAUAUCACUAUGAUAAGAGAAGGUAUUGGAGGGGAGUACGUUGUUGCAGAAGGACCGUAUCCCUAUUCUGACUUGGGAAGAUAGAGCGUGGGGCUGAGGCAUAAGAAUGGGGGUCACAUAGUGUUCGUCAACUACGUAGUGUUAUUCUUUGGCGUCAUUUAACACAAGGAUAUCGUGUUUUGUCUGAACACCAUGAAGUCUCAAGCGAAAUUGCCGUUGUCAACCAUAUCCUCAAAAUGGGCAGUUUCUUCUUCUCUUAUGUAUUGGCUAUGAGAGGUUUGAAGUUGCCAGAGCAUGCUUGUCUA